CAUUAGCAGCCAGCGUAGUGAGCGGUAUCAGUGGAAAAAGCCGAAUCCAUUGCCCACAGUUUGUUCUUUCACCUAGUCAGUUGUCGUUUGGUCGAACCGUGUGGUCGCUCCGGUCCAACAGUUCCAACACUAGGCAAGUUAAGAUUUACACGCCGCUGCUGACACAUUUCAAUUGAACGUGGAAAAUGUCGAUCUAUCGUAUUUCAACGCGUAAGCUGCCUGAAGCGCAGAAAUUGAAUGGGCUUUUGGUUCGUUUCAUCUCGGCCGAUUCGAGCUUGCGUGAUGUGCUCGCUGCUAAAAUUCCAGCCGAACAGGAGCGUGUAAAGAACUUCAGGAAGCAAUAUGGUGCUACCAAAACGGGUGAAACCACCAUCGAUAUGAUGUACGGUGGCAUGCGUGGCAUUAAGGGUCUCGUUUGCGAAACCUCUGUUUUGGACGCCGAUGAAGGUAUUCGUUUCCGUGGUCUCUCCAUUCCUGAAUGCCAAAAGGUAUUGCCCAAGGCCGAUGGCGGCGAAGAACCAUUGCCUGAGGGUCUCUUCUGGUUGUUGCUUACUGGUGAUGUACCAACUAAGGGUCAAGUUAAGCAACUGUCCAAGGAAUGGGCCGAACGCGCCGCACUGCCACAACAUGUUGUGACGAUGUUGAACAACAUGCCCACCACUUUGCAUCCGAUGUCGCAAUUGGCAUGCGCCGUCACUGCGCUAAAUCAUGACAGCAAAUUUGCUAAGGCCUACUCAGAGGGCGUGCACAAGACCAAGUAUUGGGAAUACGUGUACGAGGACAGCAUGGAUUUGAUUGCUAAACUGCCCGUCGUUGCCGCAACCAUCUAUUGCAAUACUUACCGUGGCGGCAAAGGCUCUAAAUCGGUUGAUUCCAGUCAGGAUUGGUCAGCGAACUUCGUCAAGAUGUUGGGCUAUGACAAUCCCAAAUUCACCGAAUUGAUGCGUCUCUACUUGACCAUCCACAGCGAUCACGAGGGUGGCAACGUGUCUGCACACACAGUGCAUUUGGUUGGCUCCGCCUUGAGUGACCCCUACCUCUCCUUCGCCGCUGGCAUGAACGGCUUGGCUGGUCCAUUGCACGGUUUGGCCAAUCAGGAAGUGUUGGUGUGGCUACGCAAAUUACAGAAGCAAUUGGGUGCCAACCCAUCGGAAGAUGAAUUGAAGGACUACGUCUGGAAGACCUUGAAGUCAGGACAGGUUGUGCCCGGCUAUGGCCACGCUGUACUCCGCAAGACCGAUCCACGCUACACCUGCCAACGUGAGUUCGCGCUCAAACACCUGCCCGACGAUGAUCUCUUCCAACUGGUGUCGAAGAUCUACAAGAUCGUGCCACCAAUCCUCACCGAAACCGGCAAGGUCAAGAACCCCUGGCCCAAUGUGGAUGCUCACUCUGGUGUGCUACUCCAAUACUACGGCAUGAAGGAGAUGAACUACUACACCGUAUUGUUCGGCGUUUCGCGCGCUCUCGGCGUGUUGGCUUCAUUGAUCUGGGAUCGUGCGUUAGGUCUGCCCAUCGAGAGACCCAAAUCGUUGUCGACCGACCUCUUGAUGAAAAUGGUGCAGAAGUAAAUGUAAAAGGGUUUAGAAGCGCGGUAGAGCUGAGUUGAAGUUGAGUGGGAGGCGAGAUGCGGAAAAGUGGAAAAUAACCAAAAACUAAACUUAAAACGCGAAAUAGUUUUAUGGAAAGUAAAUUAAACAAAAGUAAAUAGUGAAGCGUCAAAUUUUAGUAAAUGAUGCAGGAAACAUGAUUAAGUAGUUGAAUGCAAUACAAUACAAAUAUUCAUUGUUAUUCACGAAUAACAGCAACAACAACUGAAACAAUUUUCAAGCUAGCCCAAGUAGAGAGAAGCAACUUACAACAACUAGAACAAGAAAAACUAAACCGCACCAACUUGAAACGCUUUUAAUUUUAACUUAAUUAUUAUUACUUUUAAGCGUACAGCGUAUGUAUGUAGGAACAACAACUAAACAACAUCUACAAAACGAUCAGAAACAAAUAGCAAUAACAACAGCUGAGGAAAAUCUACUUAUGAUUUAAGUAGAAAAAAAUUUGAAAAUAAUUUACUUAACUAAACACAUUUAAGUAAAAUUUGGCUUUCUUUUAAUAAGAACAUACGAUCAAUUUAAACAAUAAAAAGUAUGAUAUUAAAUUACUUUAAAAUAAAAAAAUAAAAAUUACGUAAAUUUCACCUGCUUAUGAAGCGGCGCAUUAGUUGUAUACAUAUAUAACUGCAUACAUAUAAAAUUAUAUUAUGACGUGUAUAAUAUACAAGUAUCUUGUGAGACGGCAUUAUUACUUUUUGAGUUGUUGCAAUUCAAUGAAAUAAAAACAUAAAUAAUUGUAUUCGAGAAUAAGGAAAAAGCUACAUACAAUAAAGAAAAACCUGAAAAAUACGAAAACCAAAAUGCUUUUGGGUUUAUUGCAGAUACAUAAUUAAGUUAUAGUUAGUUUCCACUGAAAAGAAAUAAGCAAUUAUAGCGAAGAUUAAAGAAAAAUGAGAAAAAAUGCGAUAGAAAACAGUAAUAUUUCAAAAUGAAUAAAGAACAGAGCCUAAAGGGUCAUAAAGUUUCCUAAUUAGGAGAAAUAAAAACAGAUAUAUACUUGGAAAAGCGAAAACUGACGGUAACAGUGAACAUUCGCAUGCACUCAAGUGUACAAAAACGCUGAAAUUUGCAUAAUUAAAUCGUAGUCCCUUUUUGAAUUUGGCUUGAGUUGAUCGCAGGCAUUUUUUUCUGUUGAGCUUAAUUUUCAUUAUACUAAGUUGAACUACAAACUUAACGUCACUUAAAAUUUUUCUUAAAUGGAUGUUGCUUAUAUUUGGAAA